AGAUCUUCUCCGUCAUGGCUUCUUGUCUGUUUGAUAAACCGCGCUAACUUAAGUGUCAUCGAGAUAACGCAGAAAUGUGAAGCUUUCUCUGCGUCUGUAGAAACAGUAUGUGGGGGGUGUGUGUGGAUGGGUGUGUGCGCAUGUGUGUGCACGCGUUAUCUCCUCUUUAUUUUCGAAAGAUCAACAUAAUGUGACUCACAUCUCUAAGGAUCCAUCAAAAGAGAUGAAAAUAUGUCAGAAAAGCAACUGCAAGAACUAAUGCACAAAUUAGAUAUGGUCUUCAAUGAUCUUGAUCCCCUUUCGUCAUCUAAAGCAUUACACGGCAGUUAUAUGACGCCAGGUCAAGCAACAAGGCUGUAUGAUGAGGUGUUUCCAAGGCUUAUUAUGGGCGAAAAGUCUGUGGCGUCCAAUCUUGACAUCCUGCAGUCGCUGAGGGUCACUCACGUGGUCAACUGUUGCUACGGUACCAACUACGGGCAGUGUAGAAUUCCACCGGAUUUCUACAAUAACGUAGGAAUUCAGUUCCACGGAAUAGACCUCGAAGACAUGCCCCACAUCAACAUUAAGCCUUACUUGCUCCCUGCUGCCGACUUCAUGCACAAAGGCAUCGGAUCAGGAGGUGUGGUGUUCGUGCACUGCUUCAUGGGCGUCAGUCGCUCAUCUACCGUGGUGCUGGGAUACCUGAUGCUGUGCCAGAAAAUGCGCCUGCUGGACGCGGCUCGCCUGGUGCACUCGUCUCGGGAAAUCUACCCGAAUCCCGGCUUCGUUCGCCAAGCUGUGCAUUCUAGACCUGGAACUACAUUCCACCUUCGACAAAUGAAGACGGGACGCAUGCGACACGUCUGCUCGCCCAGUUUCCAGCCUCCUCCGCCAUCUCUCUGUGCCGACCUUCUCGCAACCUUUACAAUAACUUUGAAACGUCGACAACUUUCUCGAAAACAGUCGAUCGUCGUCCACUGGAACAGUUGCUCUGUCCAGAAAGUUCUCCAUGUGUACUUUCACGAUCUGAGAGCAUUAUUUUCCAGUUACGCUAGUGCUAACAGCAAUUCGCCAUCGUUUCGUGGGACUUUAUGUAGGACGAAGGAGCCAUCAUAUUUUAAGGACAACAGAAACAUGCCUCACUCGUCAGAUAUCGAUCUGAAGCUAUUUAAUGAUUUGAAGACAUUUUUGAACAAAACCGAUAAUUCCAAGCAUGGAGUUCCCAGAUUUCGGGGCUAUAAUUACUUUAAUGUUCCUGCCAUGCCAAAGAACACAUUUGACUUGGUGUAUGAACGAAUCUACUUGGGUCAAGCGUCUGUGGCACUCAACAUACCAUAUCUUAAGUCCUUGGGAGUGACUCAUGUUGUAAAUUGUUGCAAAGGAAACAAAAUCAGUCAAACCAACACAGAUUCUGCUUUUUACAAAAAGGAAGGAAUAUCAUUCCAUGGAAUACCUGCUGUGGAUAUUCCCAGCUUUAAUAUGUUACCUUAUUUACAACCAGCAGCAGAUUUCAUACAUAAAGCACUGGAGCAUGGUGGUGUGGUUUAUGUACACUGUCAGCAGGGUGUCAGCCGGUCUGCCACUGUUGUUAUUGCUUACCUGAUGCUGUACCACAAUUUGCGCUUGGCAGAUGCAGUGAAGAUGGUACGAGCAAGACGAGAAAUUUUUCCCAAUGAUGGCUUCCUGAAACAACUUUGCAUUCUGGAUAAAGAGCUUCAGUCCAAAAGGGCCAGGCCUUUAUGUCCAAAGCCCCAAUAAUUCUGAUUUGGAUUGCUUGUGUAGCAUAAGAAAGUCUAUGGAUACAGCAAAAACUUUUAAUAAUCUACAGUCAACAUGGUUGUGAAUUGUAAAUGGCCAUUUUUUUUUGGUCUACAUUAGACGCAGAUUAUGCUAACCAAAAGUAGAAAUUUGCCUUUGUUGUUUUCAAGGCAGUUGUUAAUACUGUAGUACAGUUCAUAAAGUCUGAAAUACUUCAGUACCCGUAUAAUCACAAUAGUGUCUACAAGUUAUAUACUUAUAUUUAACAGCAAUUAAAUGAGUGUGAGAGGGUGUGUGUGUGUUUUCAUGCGUACACAAAAAACAUUGGAAGUGUCGGAGGGCUUGAUGAUACCUGCAUACCUUCCAGCUAGUCAAUAAAAGUAAUAAGUAGCAGAUUGAAGGGUUAAUGGUUAACUGUGCACAGAAGAUCGAAUAAAUAACAUUCCAGAUCAAAAUAUCUGUAUGAAGUGCAGUUGUUUAAUUUAUUAAGUGAACUGUAACCCCAGACUGUUGCUUUCAUAAGCUGGAGACCUACUUGGAAAAGUUAAGGAGAACUGGCAAAUUGCAGGAGGUAAACAUGCAUUUGUCGGCAGGUCUUCUGAGAGUGGGAACUCAUUUAUUUAUUUGCAUUGAAUGUCAUUCCACUUUGCAAGGUCCAAGGAAAGGAGAAGUAAUAUUUGAAUCUCACUAAAUUGUACAUUUUCAGUGUAAAUAGAAAACAUUGCAAUAAAAAGUAUAAAACUUCA